AUGUCCAAAGGAAAAGUUAAAGUUAUCGUGGCUGGUGGAGGUCCCAUCGGACUGGGGGCCGCUCAUGCUCUGCAUCUAGCUGGUAUUGAUUUUCUUGUUUUGGAGCGCCGACCUUCCAUUGUUGAAGAUGAGGGGGCUAUUUUGGUUGUCUGGCCUCAUACACUGAGAGUUAUGCAUCAAUUCGGGAUCUUGAAGAAACUCUUAGCGCUUGGAGGAGAGCUUAAACAUCACCUGUCUUUCACGGUCGAUGGGCAUGUUUUUAACGAAAGUCCUCGUUGCACGCAAGCGCAAGAGUAUUACGGGCAUGCUCCGAUUGCUUUCCAUCGAGCCGAGCUAGUCAAGGUCUUGUAUAAUGGUCUUCCCCAAAUCGCAAAGGAAAAAGUCAUCACAAACAGUGAUUUAGCGACUAUCGAAACAGACUCUACUGGGGUUAAAGUCACUUGUCAAAAUGGAAAUGCCUACUUGGGAUCCAUCGUCAUAGGGGCGGAUGGCGCCCAAAGCAAGACUAGACGAAUCAUGCGAGAUCUCGCCCUCCAUGAGAAACCCCAUCGGCCCUGGGACUCUGAGGAUCCCUACGUAUCCAAUUUCAGGCUCCUGUUUGGAACAUUUCCAUCGCCGUCAGAGCCGGGACUGGGCUAUGACACUCAAGCUCACAAGAAAGCAGCCGUGUACUUUAGUGGCCCUAAGCGAGCAUGGUUCUUCCUAUAUGAUAAACUUCCAACACCAACCCGCGAUCAUAUCAGGUAUACGAAUGAGGAUAUCGAGACAUUAGGUGCUGAAUUUUCAGAAUUCCCUUUAACGCGAGAUUCCAAGGUCAAAGAUGUCUGGCCACACAUGGAACAGAAAGGCAUGACAAACUUACAAGAGGGAAUCGUGCAAAAUUGGAGUUUUAAAAGAAUUGUUCUUGCCGGAGAUGCCGCUCACAAGUUUACCCCGCAUUUGGGGCUGGGGUUUAAUGAUGGUAUCCAGGAUGUCGUGGUGCUUUGCAAUGGCAUACGACAAGCUUUGAAUGAAACAGAGAAAUUUGACGGAACUCUCGAUCUUCCUAGUAUUACCGAGGUUCUUGAAAGCUAUGAAGCUUCUCGAAAGGGUCCAGAGAGUUCUUUGUUGGCUGAUUUAAAGAAUUCGGGCUUCGAAACCCGAAUGCACACUUGGUCGAAUACGUUUUAUUGGAUUUUGUCACGAUAUUUAGUCACUCCACGGUGGAUUGAAAGUUUCAUUGUGAAAAGCGCGAUUUGGCCGGAGUUUCGCAAGGGGAAAGUACUAGACUAUGUACUAUCGGACGAGCCUAUGCAAGGCAAAGUGGAGUGGUUAUAUCCCAUGCGUUCGAAAUCUUGA